UCAGACUUAUGUCACACUACAAAUGUCAAAUGGUUUUGGAUUUUGCAUGGCACAAUUUUUUUUUGCAAUCGAUUGCAAAGAUUAUUCUAUCAAUAGUAUAAACAUAAGUAUCUAAAUUUACCAUUUCAUAUAAUUGAAUAUAUUACAAAUUAUUAAUAGAAAGUGCUAAAAUUGUACUAAAAUCGUGUUAAUCAGUUUUAUUGGUAUGAUUCAAUUUGGGGUUCCCUAAAUCAUCUCGCGCGUAAUAAUUUACAUAAUUUGUCUUUGCAAACGAACUAAAGAAAAUGGCUGAAACCACAUAAUGCCAUGUGAUUGUGAUAAGCAUGGUAAAAUGACGGAUCACCAACUACUGGAGCGCAGUUGUCUAAAUGAAGGCGACGUUGCAGUACCAAUGCCUUCACGAUCCCUCCCCGAGAACUGGAAAGAGUUUGUGUGUGGAGGAGGUUCUGCAUUCUGCAACAUACUGAUCAGCUAUCCACUUAAUAAGCUCAUAUUUAGACAGAUGAUGCAUGGGGUUGAAACUACAUUUGCGUUAAAUCAGUUGCAGAAAGAAGGUCUCGGAUAUCUGUACCGUGGGAUGCUGCCGCCUUUAAUGCAGAGGUCGAUGUCGAUGUCUCUCAUGUUUGGAGUAUACGACGGAUGCUUACGACCGCUUCGGGAAAACAAAAUAAAUCCUUAUGUUGCCAAAACAUUAGCGGGUGUGGUCGCCGGUUGUUGCGAAGCCACGCUCAUGCCCUUCGAAAGAGUUCAAACUUUGCUAAUCCACCCCAAAUACCACAAAAAGUUUAGGAAUACGGCGCACGCGACGCGGUACAUCGCCAGGCAUUACGGUAUCAAAGAGUUCUACCGAGGAUUGACUCCUAUAUUGUUAAGAAACGGUCCGUCUAAUGCUAUGUUUUUUAUUAUCCGCGACGAAGUGCGGCUGCGGAUGCCAACACAAGAGAGACUAUUUUAUCAAAGUUUACAAAAUUUCGUCGCCGGAGCUACCAUCGGUGCUUUACUGAGCACUUUAUUUUAUCCGUUAAAUGUUAUUAAGAUAGCCAUGCAGUGUGAGCUCGGCGGACCCCACAGAACCGUGGCUUAUGAAUUUAUGUAUAUUUUACGCAAAAGGGGCUCAAACUUCGCCAAUUUAUCAUCUUUGCAGACAGUAUCAGAACGUCCAAAAUAUCGCGACGACUAUAGAUACGAGAAGGCAUUCAACGCCUUUUACAAGAUCCAUCAAUCCGCCGCAUCGUGGACCGAGGCACGGAUCCGCUGCGAAGCCGAAGGCUCAAUGCUGCUGGUGCCGGAAUCGCUUGACGAGGCUGAUGCGAUGCCGCUCCUGAUGACCACCAUCAUAAAUAGAUUUAAAGGGGUCUUCAUAGGCAUACAUGAUUUUUAUUCGGAGAGGAAUUUCGUUACUGUCACAGGAAAGGCAAUGCAAGACAGUAUACUGAAUCUGCUGUGGGAGAAACAAGAGCCGAAGUACCGCGGGGGUCAUUGUGUCGCUAUGCGUCGUAGUGGACGACUUUUCGUACAUCCGUGUAUUCAAGCCCUACCAUUCAUUUGCAAAAUUAAGGCGGAGGGAAUAGUGUUUAAGCAAGAGUGUAAUACUUUUGAUCCACGUUGGGAGGCGGGACACAAUGGCAGCUGUUACAUCAUACACAAAGAUCCCCAAACAUGGUACCAGGCGUACGCGACUUGUCUGGGAGCCGGGGGACAUCUACUUGUCAUUAGGGAUCGCGCCGAGGCCAAAUACGUCAGAGAUCUGUUCAAGCAAGUCGCGGAGAGAAGAGUCCCGGACAAUAAUUUCGCUUUUUUAGGGUACAGCGAUUUGUUUCAGAGACAUCAUUUUAGAACAAUACACGGAGAACGCGUCAAUGAAGCCGGAUAUAGUGACUGGGAUUUCCAGUGUCCUCAGGACGACAAUAAUGUCACAAAACCAUUGCGUUGUGGAGGGAUACGACGCAGCGGCCUUCUCCUAGCGGGAGAUUGCGAUAUCCCCUCGACGUUCUUCUGUAAAAAAUCACCAACGAAGAACAGAAAUACUCUAAGGCAACAUUAUAUAAUGAAAUCACAUCAUCAUAGUCAUGAAAAAAAGGAAACGACUGUUACGGAUGGGUUGUAUGAAACUUUUUAAUAAAAAUUAAAUACCGAA